ACUAACCAAAAAAAGGUCAGAUUCCUUAUGAAUCCGACCGGGGACUUAUGUCAUCUGGGUUGACCCAAAUCCAACUGAACAAGGCUAUUCCUUAAUUAGAAUUGUUUAGUUGCUAAAGCAAUCAUUUACCCGCUGCUUUUUCUUCUAAUUCUAAAAACUAAACGUUCAUCUCCAAACAACAAAUUUCUUCUCAGGAAGUCAAAUUUAUUCAAAUCUGAAUAUAAAACAAAAAUACUCUUAUCGCAUUGCUUAAUGCAAGCAAUUGGAGAUUAUAUUUCAAUCUCUAAUUUUAUUUUCCAAUCAAUAAUUUAUUUCUUGCGCAUUUGGAUAUGUACAAUUAUUAGAUCUAGACAAUAUAGAGUGCUGGUUAUAGUAUUUUGAACGAUUUAAAAGCUCACAUUGGCCGGAAAUGGGAGAAAAAUCGAGGUCAAGAGGCUGUUGCGGUUGGUUUAUAGUGGCAGUGGUAUUAGCAGUGGUGGUUGUCGCCGUAGUUUACACAGUUAGAAAGAAAAUCAAUGAUAAAUCCGACGGUGGUGGGCCUAGUCCGGUUCCAGGCCCUCCCGGCGCUAUAGAAAAGAAAUACGCCGACGCUCUUAAAGUCGCUAUGAAAUUCUUCGACGUCCAAAAAUCUGGUAAGUUGGGGGAUGAUAGUAUAUCAUGGAGAGGCGAUUCGGGUCUUAAUGACGGGAGUCAAGCAAAAAUCGACCUGUCCAAAGGAAUGUAUGACGCUGGAGACCAUAUGAAGUUUGGUUUGCCCAUGGCUUUUACUGCUACAGUGUUGUCCUGGGCUAUUCUUGAAUAUGGUGAUCAAAUGGAUGCUGUUAAUCAGUUAAAACCAGCUCAAGAUUCGCUUAAAUGGACCACUGAUUAUCUCGUCAAUGCUCAUGUUUCGGAUAAUGUGCUUUACGUUCAGGUUGGUGAUCCGAAGGUGGACCAUGGCUGUUGGGACAGACCUGAGGUGAUGACUGAGAAAAGGCCUCUUACCCAGGUGAAUGAAUCGGCUCCAGGAUCUGAUGUUGCAGCUGAAACUGCUGCAGCUUUGGCGUCUGCGUCUCUGGUCUUUAAGAAAACUGAUCCAACUUAUUCGAGCACCUUGCUUAAGCAUGCUGUACAGCUGUUUAGUUUUGCUGAUAAGUAUAGAGGUUCUUAUAGCGAGAGCAUCCCUGACGUACAAAACUAUUAUAAUUCAACCGGAUAUGGGGAUGAGCUCUUAUGGGCAGCUAGUUGGCUUUACCAUGCAACAAAGGAUAAAUCAUAUAUCCAAUAUGUGACUGGAAGUAAUGGAAAAUAUUUUGCAAAUUGGGGAAGUCCAACCUGGUUUAGCUGGGACAAUAAGCUAGCUGGAACACAGGUUUUAUUGUCCAGAUUGAUGUUUUUUGAUGAGAAAGACACCUCAAACUCAGACCUUCAAAUGUAUAGGCAAACAGCUGAAGCUGUGAUGUGUGGCCUUUUACCAAAAUCUCCAACAGUCACAACCAGCAAAAAUGACGGUGGCCUUAUAUGGGUCAGUGAAUGGAAUGCUCUGCAACAUCCUGUUGCUUCUGCAUUUUUAGCUGCUCUUUAUAGUGAUUAUAUGCUUACAUCAAGGACCGCAAAGUUAUCUUGUGAUGGAACUUCAUUCAGACCGGCAGAUCUUCGUAAAUUUGCCAAAUCCCAGGCUGAUUAUGUCUUGGGCAACAAUCCAAUGAAAAUGAGCUAUCUCGUCGGAUACGGCGAUAAUUACCCACAAUUUGUGCACCAUAGGGGAGCUUCAAUCCCAGCCGAUGCAACCACUGGCUGCAAAGAUGGGUGGGAAUGGCUCGAUUCAAAGGACCCCAACCCUAACAUAGCUUAUGGAGCACUUGUCGGUGGGCCCUACCUAAAUCAAUCGUAUGUUGAUUCUCGGAACAACUCAAUGCAAGGCGAACCAAGCACUUAUAACAGUGCAGUCAUUGUCGGCCUUCUGUCGAGCCUAGUCACUACCUCGUCAGCAGUUCAAUCCUUCACAUAAAAUUACGGUGUGUUUAUAUAAAUCUAGUAGAAUAUUGUUUGUACUAUAUGCUACAUUGUACGGAAAUGAAAACGCUGAAACAAAAAAUGUUGAAAUGGAAAAUGAUCAGAUGAUAUUUUUUUAUAAGAAUAGGUUACUAACUUAAAGUUUGAAAGUUUCAAAAUGUCGAAAUAUAAGACUUGAUCAAUUUCCGUGCAAUAUAGAUUAUGUGUAGCAGUAAGCAUUGCUUGUGUGUCCGCAAAAUUUGAAUCGCUGGCUGUGUUGGGGUGUCUAGGCUGAUUCUUUUGUUUGUACUUAGUUGGAUAUUGUAAAAUGCAAAUCAUUCUUCUGCGUGUAAUUCUUUUGUUUAA